AUGGAACUCGACGACUCGUUCAUAAUGCUCGGAACAUUCGAGGCUCCGAUGGCGUGCGGAUGUUUCGCGUUCAGCCUCACCCUGCUGCUGCUCGUCGUGACCGUGACGGCGAACCUGCUGGUGCUCGCGAUCGUGGCGGCGCGCACGCAGCUCCACGUGCCCAUGUACGUGUUCAUGUGCAACCUGUUGGCGGCCGACAUCGUGGGCGGCGCGGUGAGUUUCCCCCAGCAGCUGUACGUCUUUCUGACGGGCGACCUGCGGAUCUCGCGCGCGUCCUGCAUCGCGCAGAUGUUUUGGAUCAACGUGUUCGUCGAUUUGGAGAGCCUCACGCUGGCCGCCAUGUCCUUGGACCGCUACAUGGCCAUCUGUCACCCGCUGCGCUACCACGCCGUCGUGACGGGCAGACGGGCAUUGCUCGCGGUGGUGACGACUUGGUUCAUCACGGUGGCCGUCCUCGUACCGCAAACCCUCCUUGUCUCUCGGUUGAAACUGCGAGCCACCGAUAGGGAGAUACAGGGCAGUUUAUGCGAUUUUUCAGGAUACAUUCGCCUGUCCGUCAGCGACACAAAGGUUCAGGAAAUUUUCGCAUCGAGCGCAUUGUUUGUGUUCAUCGCUUUGCCGCUGUGUGUUAUCGCCUACACGUAUUUUAGAAUCAUUCGUGCGUGCAAGCGGACAGGGCAGAGCGAGUUCAAGAGAAAGGCCGUGCACACGCUGCUCACCCACUUCCUGAUGCUCGCGAUGUUUUUCGUCGCGUGUUUCGUAUCGACCAUGGUGCCACGUCUGGUCAAGGACUAUCAAUACUCGCAGAUCAAAAACCUGCGCUGCGGUGUUCAGUUGGUUACCUUCAUCAUCCCCAUCGCUAACGUCAGCAUUUACUUCGUCAGGAACAAGAAGCUAAGGAGAGAGAUGGUGAAAUGCUUUAAGCAGAUUAAUCCCAGAGGAGUCGGUCGUUCGAGGUCGCACAAGGUGUGCAACAUAUCGCCCGGUAAACAAUCUCCUCACGGGGAGAUUGUUCCAUAA